AUGGCGAUCCGUAUUUCAAUCCGAUUGAAAGCUUCAAACCCAUUUAAAAUAUCUGUUUACUAUUUUAGAAAUUAUGAUUAUCGUGUAACACCAAAAUAUUUACAGUUUAACACACUUGUGAAAGAUGUUCUUCCUGUACAUCACCAUGACGGCAAAGUCACAUGGAAUGUGAAACAUUGUCACCUGAAGAAUCCAAACGAAAUCAACACACAGGAGUUUGAUGCCGUCCUAGUUUGUAACGGGCAUUAUAGCAAACACUACCUGCCCGAUGUGCCCGGAAUGGAGAAGUUCUCUGGGACGGUGACACACAGUAGGGAGUACAGAUUGCCUGAUCCUUACUUAGGGAAGACAGUACUUAUCAUUGGAGCGUCAUUCUCAGGACUCGACAUAGCCACAGAUAUGAAGAAUCAUGCCAAGCAGAUCUUUUUGAGUCAUAGAAACGGUGCAUUGCAGACAGAAAUACCUCAUAAUGUGACAGCGAAGCCGGUCGUCAAGCACAUUUCUGAGCAGGGGAAAGUAGUAUUUGUUGAUGACACGGAAGCGGAAGUUGACAGUAUUCCAUAUCGAAUGUCUUAUUUUCUGCAAAUACAUGAGCAAGCACGUGCAGCAGCCGCUAUUUUGGAGGAUCCUUCGGUGUUGCCCCCACCUGAAAAAAUGAUGGAAGACUCUGAUGAAGACUUGCGCCGGAAAAUGGAGAUGUAUAAUUUGACCGAAAAACAAGCUCAUUUUUUAGGGAUCGGGGAUCUUCAGUGGAAAUAUAACGAGGAACUGUCGUCCUUAUGCGGUUUCGAGAAACUUCCAGAGGUGUUUCAUGGAUUAGCGAGACUAGUGAAAAUGCCUGUUACACUAAAAACAUUGAAUGAGCUGCCCGAGAAGCCAGAAUACUGCCCAAACUCAAAUUUGAUUGGAAUGUUGCCAGAUCCCUCCUGUCCUGACCAUAUGUAA